CUGUAAUAUCCUUUGUGUGCCUGUAUUUUUCUUUUUUUUUUUGUGACAAUCUUGCUCUUGUUGCCCAGGCUGGAGCGCAGUGGCGCGAUCUCAGCUCACCGCAACUUCCGCCCCUGGAUUCAAGCUCCUCCUGCCUUGGCCUCCUGAGUAGCUGGGAUUACAGGUACCUGCCACCACCCCCGGCUAAUUUUUGUACUUUUUAGUAGAGACGGGAUUUCGCCUUGUUGGCCAGGCUAGUCUUGACCUCCUGACCUCAGGUGAUCCGCCCAUCUUGGCCUCCCAAAGUGCUGGGAUUACAGGCGUGAGCCACCGCGCCUAGCCGUGCCUGUAUUUUUCAAAAGAAGUGUUAUAUUUGGGACUUUCUUAUUUGUUUUAAGUUGAAAUAUAUUUCAAUAUUGCAUGAAAGGCGAAAAACAGUAAGUAUACAAUGUUCAUUCAAUAAGUCAGUGUCUUGUUUCAUUAAAUGUCAUUUAAAAAUAAAAUACAUAUGGUUAAAAAGUGAAAAAAUAUAUUUCUUCAAAGGGGCCUUCCCUGACCACUGUCCAAAUCAGGGACCCCAUUAUUCUCUCUCUGUCUCAGCCUAUGCCUUUCACAGCAAUUACCACAUUUUGUAAUCACAAUUUUCCUUCCUAGGUUAAGGCUUGUCUCUCCCACUAAACUAUUAGCUUGACAAAGGCUUUCUGAACUCAUCUGCUGGUGUGCAGCUGUGUCCCCAGUGCUGUGUCUUAGUGAGCAGACACACUACGAUACUGCAACAGAGGCCCCCAAACACAGCAGCGUGCAUAACACUUAUUUCUUCCCCACGUGAUAAUGCGGGCCUGUUGGCCAGGCUUUCAUGGUGGUUUGAGGGUGUUCACAAGCUCCAGGGCCUCCGCAGACCACUUAACUCUUUAGCUACCAGGACACAACUUGGCCAGGCAUUCUGACUCAUGCCUGUAAUCCCAACACUUUGGAAGGCCUAGGUGGGAGGAUCGCUUGAGCCCAGGAGUUAGACACCAGCCUUAGCAAUAUAGUGAGGCUGUCUCUUAAAAAAUAAUUUAAAAAUUAAAAAAAUUUAAAAACCCUCUUAUCCAGACCAAUCCCACUCUCUUUGGCCUCAGCUUCAGGUCCAGGCUGCCCAGAUCCUCAUUCUCCCAACCAGAGGAUCAUCUGUGUGGCUUCCCAAACUACAGAGCAAGUUCCCUGAGAGGAAGUCGGUCUCUCACAAAUGCCACAGGGCUACUGCAUGCACUCUGUCACUUUAUAAAAUAGUACUUAUUCCUUCUGUGGUUUACAUCUGCCCACAUCCCUGACCUUUGAGUGAGUUACUUCACCAUUGUGCCUCAAUUUCUUUAUCUAUAAAAUGGGGAUGACAAUAGUUUGCCUCCUAGGACUGUUAUAAGAGUUCAAUGAGCAAAAAGAAUUUGGACUUCAACUUAGCACAUGACAGAUGGUCUCUGAAUAAUAAUCAACAUUAUUGUCUCUUGAUUCUCUGGACUUGCCCAUGAAAUCCAGAGAGUGAAGUGCAACCAGAACUUCAUUUUCUUCCUUUUUUUUUUUUUUGAGAUGGAGUCUCACUCUUGUCGCCCAGGCUGGAUUGCAAUGGCACGGCCUCACCGCAACCUCCCCUCCCUGGUUCAAGCGAUUCUCCUGCCCCAGCCUCCCGAGUAGCUGGGAUUACAGGCGCCCUUCAUCACGCCCAGCUAAUUUUUUAUAUUUUUAGUAGAGUCGGGGUUUCACCAUGUUGGUCAGGAUGGUCUCGAACUCCUGACCUCAGGUGAUUCACCCGCCUCGGCCUCCCAAAGUGCUGGGAUUACAGGCGUGAGCCACCGCACCCGGCCCAGUACUUCAUUUUCAGAUGCAGACAUGAAGGACCAGAAGGCUGAAGCAACCUGCCCAAAGCCACCACUGUGCUGGCGGGUGGCCGAGUUUGGGUUUAAUCCAGGCCCGAACCUCAGUUCCCUAAAGAUAAAGUCGGGCUGAUUAUGGCACCUUUCUCAGGAUUAGGUUGUGAGGCUCAGAUGCCAUCAUGCAAUCACGGCAGGCACACGGGGGCCCCUCUUCAAACGUCUGUGCGCUUCCCUUGUGCCCCGCCCUGGCACACAGCCGCCCCCGCGGAGCCCAGGGAUCCCAGCCCGGCAGUCCUCCGUCAGCUGCUUCUGUUUGGAUGGCGGGGACAGCUGGGCCGACAGAGGCCCAUUGUCUCCGUCCUCUGGGGCUCUAUUGUUGGGGCCUCCUCCUGGGUUGCAGCCCCACAGACACCCCCAGCUGUCGCUUGGGCCUGGCUCAGCUUACCCUGGCGGUGAGGGUGCGGGUCGGGAACGGAGACGCGUGCACCCUGAAGACAGUAACUAGGCCCGCUCUACAGAGGGAAACGCAGGCUCUGAGAGCCUACAUGUCUUCGCCGGGAGUGCUUGUCUUGGAGCUGCUCGCAGACUGGGCCGGGGGUGGGCUCGGGUCGGAGAGGUCACGGGGCUCCUUAGGUCACAGGCGGCAGGGCCAGAGAAACUCCCCCGCCCCUACGUUUAACUCGCGGAAACAAGGGCCCAGAGACGCCAGCCCAAGGUCACACAGCGAAGCCCCGGUACAGCCCGCCGGGAACCUGGCGUUUCUGACCCCCAGCCUCUCGCCGUUUCUGCCCAGUUUGGGAAGCGCAGGAACAGGACCUACGGUGGUCGCGCCCCUUCCGCGACGCCGCGGUGAAACCCGCGCGGCCCUCCCGCCAGGGGGCGGAGCUUCGGAGCCAGGCGGGAUUCCACCGGGUAUUUGCCUGCGGAGGCGGGACUUCAGGCUACACACAACCCAGCUGUACCAGCAUGUGCCAGAGACACGCUGGCCAAUCGUGUACUCGCCGCGCUACAACAUCACCUUCAUGGGCCUGGAGAAGCUGCAUCCCUUUGAUGCCGGAAAAUGGGGCAAAGUGAUCAAUUUCCUAAAAGAAGAGAAGCUUCUGUCUGACAGCAUGCUGGUGGAGGCGCGGGAGGCCUCGGAGGAGGACCUGCUGGUGGUGCACACGAGGCGCUAUCUUAAUGAGCUCAAGUGGUCCUUUGCUGUUGCUACCAUCACAGAAAUCCCCCCCGUUAUCUUCCUCCCCAACUUCCUUGUGCAGAGGAAGGUGCUGAGGCCCCUUCGGACCCAGACAGGAGGAACCAUAAUGGCGGGGAAGCUGGCCGUGGAGCGAGGCUGGGCCAUCAACGUGGGGGGUGGCUUCCACCACUGCUCCAGCGACCGUGGCGGGGGCUUCUGUGCCUAUGCGGACAUCACGCUCGCCAUCCAGUUUCUGUUUGAGCGUGUGGAGGGCAUCUCCAGGGCUACCAUCAUUGAUCUUGAUGCCCAUCAGGGCAAUGGGCAUGAGCGAGACUUCAUGGACGAUAAGCGUGUGUACAUCAUGGAUGUCUACAACCGCCACAUCUACCCCGGGGACCGCUUUGCCAAGCAGGCCAUCAGGCGGAAGGUGGAGCUGGAGUGGGGCACAGAGGAUGAUGAGUACCUGGAUAAAGUAGAGAGGAACAUCAAGAAAUCCCUCCAGGAGCACCUGCCCGACGUGGUGGUAUACAAUGCAGGCACCGACAUCCUCGAGGGGGACCGCCUUGGGGGGCUGUCCAUCAGCCCAGCGGGCAUCGUGAAGCGGGAUGAGCUGGUGUUCCGGAUGGUCCGUGGCCGCCGGGUGCCCAUCCUUAUGGUGACCUCAGGCGGGUACCAGAAGCGCACAGCCCGCAUCAUUGCUGACUCCAUCCUUAAUCUGUUUGGCCUGGGGCUCAUUGGGCCUGAGUCACCCAGCGUCUCCGCACAGAACUCAGACACACCGCUGCUUCCCCCUGCAGUGCCCUGACCCUCGCUGCCCUGCCUGUCACUUGGCCCCGCCUAUCCGCCCCUUAGUGCUUUUUGUUUUCUAACUCAUGGGGUGGUGGAGGCAGCCUUCAGUGAGCAUGGAGGGGCAGGGCCAUCCCUGGCUGGGGCCUGGAGCUGGCCCUUCCUCUACUUUUCCCUGCUGGAAGCCAGAAGGGCUUGAGGCCUCUAUGGGUGGGGGCAGAAGGCAGAGCCUGUGUCCCAGGGGGACCCACACGAAGUCACUGGCCCAUGGGUCCAGGGAGGCAGGCAGUUAACUGAGAAUCGGAGAGGACAGCCUAGGUCCCAGGCACAGCGAGGGCCCUGGGCUUGGGGUGUUCUGGUUUUGAGAACGUCAGACCCAGGUCAGAGUGAGGAAGCUUCCACCUCCAUCCUGACUAGGCCUGCAUCCUGACUGGGUCUCCCUCCCUCCCCUUGGUCAUGGGAUUUGCUGCCCUCUUUGCCCCAGAGCUGAAGAGCUAUAGGCACUGGUGUGGAUGGCCCGGGAGGUGCUGGAGCUAGGCCUCCAGGUGGGCCUGGUUCCCAGGCAGCAGGUGGGAACUCUGGGCCCGGAUGUGAGGGACGGUCAGGAAGGGGUACAGGUGGGUUCCCUCAUCUGGAGUUCCCCCUCAAUAAAGCAAGGUCUGGAGCUGCCUUCCCAGGCCCUUCUGUGGGGGUGAAGGUGGGGAAGGCCUGCGGCCCCCAGAUCACUGCCUUAGCGGUAGUGUUGCCUGUUCAGUGCACUGGGCAGGUUUUGGGGGAGGAAUUCUUAGCUCAAGGACAGGCCUCAGCCCUGUGGCCUCCAGGGGACCGCUGACCCAGGCGGGGAGGGGACAGAAAAAGGGUGGGGGACAUGGGCAUGCCAGGCUCACCGGUGGAAAUCAGGGAUGCAGGGUGGUGCCCAAGCCAGGUCCUGCAGGAAUCCAGGCUCAGGAAGGGACCCAGACACUGGUGAGGCGGGGCAGGGCUUCCUGGAGAGAGGGCAGCAAGGAUCUCUAUCUUGGCCUGGGGAUUGUGAACAUAGGUAGCCGGGGCAGGGCCCUGGGUGGGACUGUGGCCUCCACUGGCCUCACCAAAGUGCCUGGGCCCCAAUCCUCCGUGCCCAGGGACCCCAGGUGGGCCAGAUCUCUGGCCUGUUCAUCAGCCCUACUCAUGGGGACAUUCAGGGACCUCCAGGAAGUGGGCGGGGGACCAUCCACCCCUGCUAGCCAGCAGCUGUGGCCCUGAUCAAAUCAGGGGCUGGGGAGGGAAAGUGGGUCCAUUGAGGUGGCCCUGCUCCAUCAGCCCCCUACGGGACUUGUGUUCAUUACAGUGGGGGGGGUGCUCCCACUGUCUCCUGGCCUCCCUCAUGCUCCCUCUGCUGCAGGGAGAAGGGUUCCAAGAUCACAAAAUGUCAACAAUGCUGGCCUCCUGGACCAGACCCCGAGGCUCUAACAAUGCACUCUGAGAUCCCUACCCUUGCCGUUGGUGUCUGUUGCUGACUCGAGGCACCUAACAUCCGUUCACACCCAACACAGGCCAGCGACUUCUGGGGCUCAGCCACAGACACGGUUUGUCACUGUUGAACUUCUGUUCCUGGAGAAUCCUAGAGGCUUGAUUGGCCCAGCCUGCUGUGUGUGCUGGAGGUGAAGAAUCCCUACCUCUUAGGGGUGAAAGGAAAUGAAAAUGGAAAGUUCUUGUAGCACAAGGCCUGACAUGGGUAGCUGCUCAAUAAAUGCUAGUAUGUUAUUCCA